CCGGGACCCCACUUCCGGUCUUCGUUUAUAAGUCCCGCCCCUUGAGACCCCCUUCCCCGGAAGUCCCACCUCCCAACUUCAGGGGGCUCCCUGAACCCCAACUUGUUUUUUAUUGUCCCUGACCCCACCCUUUCGCCCAGCUUUCCUGGAAGUCCCACCCCCAGACAUGCUUCCAAGCCCUACUACAAGAAUCCCUUCGUUAGUCCUAGUUUUCCGAAACUCCGCCUCCUCGCAGCGAUUCUCCGCUAACUCUUGUCGGUCAAAAAGACUAUCUCUCCCAAAAGGGUAAAACCUUGCUUCUCAAAGAACGAUUCGAAUUCGCUGUAGCCACGCCUCACUGGGCGCCCCGCCCCCGGGAGGCCCGCCCUUUCCGUAAUCCACGUCUGAUUGUCUAGAAGCCUCGCCUGGGAGAAGUCUCCAGCGCGCGUCCUUGGGCACCACGCCCCCUUAGGAACUUAAGCCCUUUAGGGCUCGGGUCUUCACCUGAAAGUCCUGCCCUUCUGUCUUAGAAAAUCCACCUGCUUACAUUGGCCUGUCUUUUCUCCCUUUUGUGGCUUGGGUUCAGUUUUUGUGAGCAGUGUUCCAUCAGGUGGAAAGUCUAAGUUCACAUCUCUGGUUAUGAAGAGGCUGCGAUUAGAGGCAGCGGUUUUCUUCUUUCCCUCUUGCAAGGGUGGGCCUUUUUGACCGGGAGCAGGAGUUGGGUUCGGCAUGAGAGUGGCAGAGAUACUUGUUCAUAGAGUCCCAGCCCCACUCCCUGAAUUUCCUUUCCCAGGACCAACCCUUCUCCAGAAAUACAGCAGCUGCUGGUCUACCUACUUUUAGCUUUGUUGGUGUGUGGCUUGUAGGUGUGACGGGAGAGAAAGGUUUUACCACCAGAAAUGGUGGUUUAAAGUGGUGAUAGGGAGUAGUGUCCUUUUUAUUAUUAUUAUUAUUUUAAAGAAUCGCCUCAGUUUCCACUUCUCUGGCUUGUCUCCUUCCCCUAAGCAGAGUGCUUGUCUGGGCAUCCCUCCUGGCCCCACUGGCCUAGCCUUCCCCGGCUGGAAACAUUCCUGAGGCUUUCGCCAUUUCCUGCUCCUUCCCGCCUCUCUUGCCUCCUCCCUGCUGUGCUCAGGAGCCACAGGGCUUUCCCCCAACACCCAAUCACCUGGUCUUCCUGUGGGCUAUUGCCUUUCUCCCUAUAGAAAUGCAGAGAGUCAGCCUCCCUCUUUCUUUACUGGUGAUUGCCCACACCUGUUGGUCAUUCCUUGCCUCUGGAUACUGCAGGUUCCUGAGGACUUCCUGGUUGGGAUGUGGGGGUGGGGGAAACUGUUGGGCUGUUGCACAAUCCUUUCCCUAUUGUCUCUAGGCGGGAGAGCUGAGGCCUUAGGAAACGGAGUGUUAGAAUUCCUUCCCUGGAGUAGUGGAUGGAGGGACAAAGCUCCCCUGGGAUGAGCACUAAGGGAGGGUGAAAGAAUUAAGCACAGGGUCUAACACAUGUAAGUGCUAGAAUUGUUCAUCACUAUAAUCAUAUAGAUUCUUUUAACCCUCUCAAGUAAAUUGUAAGGGUAAUUCUGAGGUGAGCCUGGGGAAUACGCAUCUUUUACUUCUUGUUUUUUGGUCACUUUCUACCUCCCUCUAUGGCUUCCUCUAGCAGAGCUGUGGCAGGAAGCUGUGGGUGGAAGGGUGGGUUUGGGACUGUUGCCUACAUCCAGCCUCAGUUCAUCUUUUCCUGGCCCCCCUUUCUCCUAUACUUAUUGACACCGAUUUGUCUUCUGACUUCUCUAUCCCUGUGUAGCCUGUAGUCCCUACUUCUCUUGGAGAGCUGUCAGCCCCCAUCCCCUUCCCCAGCCAGACUCCUCCCCUGGUGUGAGUGGCACUGUUCUCCAUGGCAGGACUUGGAGCAGGAACCCUAGGAGGGUAUGAGUAUACCUGGCAGGCCCAGGGAGUUGGCCUUAGAAUUAAUGCCACCCUUGGCAGCUCGCUUUGCUAACUAGGCCUGUGGGAGGGGGGCUGAGAGUGCUUGGCUACAGGCCAUUGCUCCUUGGUGUGGUAGGUGCCAUGCCCAGAGCUUGGUCCACCCGUUCUCUGCCUCCAGCUCUUGCCCGAUGCACCACCCAGGUUGGACUUUGCUCCCUUUACUGGGCCAGCAUGUCCUUCCUCUCUGGCCCCCCUUGGCAUCCACUGGGACCACUUCCUCCCCUUCCCUGAUUUGUCGGUUGCAGUCCACAGCUGGUGUACAGAGGAUGCUAAUGGGCCAGACUCCCUGGGGCCGCCACCCCACUGCAUGUGGUAGUGGUGUGGGGUGGCCGGCUGGAGGGUGGGGGAGUGUGAGUGUUCAACCAGGACAGGAAGGGAAAUGCUGAGCUCUGGGAUCCCUCCCUUUCCACCCGCUGCCUCUGUUUCCUCCCUUAUUCCCCCUACCCUCCCCUGGCUUCCUGUGCCCUUUGGCUUGCCCAUGUCCGGUUUAGAUUGAGGCAGAGCUCCUCUUAUCUCCCUCUUCCCACUAGUCCACUUCUCCCUCCCACCCUACUCCGCUGCUCCCCAGAUUACUAGUUGUUUGUGUAGGACUGGGGAGAGGGGCCUGGUAGUCCUACCCCUGCUAGAGUCCUAGGUUGGGGCCAGGGCUCAGCCCCUCUGAGCCUGUGAGUCAGCACUGUCCUCGGGAUUGGUCUCUCCCUUCAGCUCCCCGCCCCUGGGGAGGAGCCAGGCAGCUCUAGGUCCAGCCCGUUCUCUUCUCAGCCAGAGAAGAGGCUCCACGCUGGGCGGGGAUGGGGCCUGAAACUGUCUGGGUUUAAGCUGGGGGAGCAGAAGCCACUUGUCCCCGUCCCUCCCCAGGACCCCUGUGACUGCUGGGCUACAGACGUCUGACCAGGCUAAGGGACUGGGGAUGCCCCCUGCCUGGCCCCCUUGCCCAAACAGGCAGGGGGGCCGGGCCGGGCAGCAGCCCCCCUCUGAGCACAGCCAUGGAUCUCCUGCCCCCCAAGCCCAAGUACAACCCACUUCGGAAUGAGUCUCUGUCAUCGCUGGAGGAGGGGACUUCGGGGUCUAGCCCCCCGGAAGAGCUGCCUUCCCCAUCAGCCUCGUCCCUGGGGCCCAUCCUGCCUCCUGUGCCUGGGGAUGACAGUCCCACUACCCUGUGCUCCUUCUUCCCCCGGAUGAGCAACCUGAAGCUGGCCAGCCCGGCUGGGGGGCGCCCCGGGCCUAAGGGGGAGCCAGGAAAGGCAGCCGAGGAUGGGGAGGGGAUUGUAGGGGCAGCAAUGCCGGACUCAGGCCCCCUGCCCCUCCUCCAGGACAUGAACAAGCUGAGCGGAGGCGGCGGGCGCAGGACUCGGGUGGAAGGGGGCCAGCUGGGGGGCGAGGAGUGGACCCGCCACGGGAGCUUUGUCAAUAAGCCCACGCGGGGCUGGCUGCACCCCAACGACAAAGUCAUGGGACCUGGGGUUUCCUACUUGGUUCGGUACAUGGGCUGCGUGGAGGUCCUGCAGUCCAUGCGUGCCCUGGACUUCAACACCCGGACUCAGGUCACCAGGGAGGCCAUCAGUCUGGUGUGUGAAGCAGUGCCGGGUGCUAAGGGGGCCACAAGAAGGAGAAAGCCCUGCAGCCGCCCGCUCAGCUCCAUCCUGGGGAGGAGUAACCUGAAAUUUGCUGGAAUGCCAAUCACUCUCACCGUCUCCACCAGCAGCCUCAACCUCAUGGCCGCAGACUGCAAACAGAUCAUUGCCAACCACCACAUGCAAUCUAUCUCAUUUGCGUCCGGUGGGGAUCCGGACACAGCCGAGUAUGUCGCCUACGUUGCCAAAGACCCCGUGAAUCAGAGAGCCUGCCACAUCCUGGAGUGUCCUGAAGGGCUCGCCCAGGACGUCAUCAGCACCAUUGGCCAGGCCUUCGAGUUGCGCUUCAAACAGUACCUCAGGAACCCCCCCAAGCUGGUCACCCCCCAUGACAGGAUGGCUGGCUUUGAUGGCUCAGCCUGGGAUGAGGAGGAGGAAGAGCCACCUGACCACCAGUACUACAAUGACUUUCCGGGGAAGGAACCCCCUCUUGGUGGGGUGGUAGACAUGAGGCUUCGGGAAGGACCUGCUCCAGGGGCUGCUCGACCUGCUCCACCCAGUACCAAGCCCCCCAGCCACUUGGGAGCUACACUGCCUGUGGGGCAGCCCGUUGGGGCAGAUUCGGAAGUCUGCAAACAGAUGCCACCUCCACCUUGCCCAGCAGGCAGAGAGCUCUUUGACGACCCCUCCUAUGUCAACGUCCAGAACCUAGACAAGGCCCGGCAAGCAGGGGGUGGGGCCGGGCCCCCCAACCCCGCCAUCAAUGGCAGCGCGCCCCGGGACCUCUUUGACAUGAAGCCCUUCGAAGAUGCCCUCCGGGUGCCUCCACCUCUGCAGUCGGUGUCCAUGGCUGAGCAGCUCCGAGGGGAGCCCUGGUUCCAUGGGAAACUGAGCCGGCGGGAGGCUGAGGCACUGCUGCAGCUCAACGGGGACUUCCUGGUGCGGGAGAGCACGACCACGCCUGGCCAGUACGUGCUCACUGGCUUGCAGAGUGGGCAGCCCAAGCACCUGCUCCUGGUGGACCCUGAGGGUGUGGUUCGGACAAAGGAUCACCGCUUUGAGAGCGUCAGUCACCUCAUCAGCUACCACAUGGACAAUCACUUGCCCAUCAUCUCUGCGGGCAGCGAACUGUGUCUACAGCAGCCUGUGGAGCGGAAACUGUAGUCCGACCUAGCACUCUCCCAGAAGAUGUCCUCCAGCCCCUUCCACCUUAUCCCUAACUCUCAGGACCUCAUGUGGCAGCGUUCUGUGGGCCUGGCCUUUGUGGGAGCUGGAGUCAUGUGGACUGGGUUUAUUGGCUGGGUUUGAGUCAGGAGCCUGGGGUAGAAUCCUGUUUCUCCCCAAACCUCACCAAAGUAUUAAUGUGCAGAGUGGCCCCCUCGGACCGUUCCUGUGCCAACCUGAUGCCCCCUUCCCUAAGAAGGUGGGUGCUUGGAAUGGACAGUGCCCUGUGGUGACAGGCCCAGGAGAACAAUCACCCUUCUGGGGAAGGGGAAACCAGUUCCACCUCUGGUCUCCCUCUGAGCUUCAGGGUAUCCCAGGCCUCUUAACCCUUCCCCCCAGUGUUUAAACUUUGUGCCUUUGACCAUCUCGUAGGUCUGAAGAUAUUUUAUGCAAAGGGUUCUCAGGCCCCUGAGCUCAAGGAUAGACAGGGGUGCUGCUAUCUUCCUGGCUUCUGGGACCCCAUCUUCUUCUCGGUCAGCACCUCCUCCAGUUUUGGGUGGGAAAACUGAUGCAGGAGUGACAGCUGUCCCCUCUCCCUGGGGAUAUGCAACCCUUAGAGAUUGCCCCAGAGCCCCCCUCCCGGCCAGGGGGGAGAUGGACCCCUCCCUUGCUCAGUGCCUCCUGGCCGGGACCCCUCACCCAAGGGGUCUGUAUAUACAUUUCAUAGCCCUACCCCUUCUUGUCGCAUGCAUGUUACUGUACUCUACAGCCAAAGUGUAGCCUUUCUCCUUAGUCUCUGCCUGGGGGGAUGACUGAAUAGGGGCUUCUUGAACCUCCCAGAUAGAUUAUGUGGAGGCAGGAUCAGCAGGGGCAUGAGACUAAAGCAGUAGACAAUCCCCAAAUACCAUCUGUAGAUUUGGAACUGCAUUCAUUUUAAAUUUUAUAUGCAUAUAUUCUAGGGCUGUAGAUUUACUUUCCUAAUUUUGUUUCCCAUGGCUUAUUCUUGAGCACAAGAUGAUAAUCGAUUACAUUUAUACACCACCUCUUUGACUUUUCCAAGCCCUCCUUUGACAUCGGCCUUUUCCUGGCCCUGGCCUCGGUGGUAACUGGAAGCGGCAGCAUUAUUUUCUUUUUUAUACAAGAGACACAGGAGGCAGAUUGGAACCCAGCUGGGACUGAAAAAUUGGGGCCUCUUGCCGCGAAGCUGGGAGGCAGAAGUCUGGCUGACUGCCUGUUACAGCUUCACCAAGGGGAAAACUUCAGACCUGCAGUUACGGAGUACCGUCUACGUGCCGCUGCUGGUGUGGCCACGGCGACAGGGCAGGCGGUUCGUGGGUAAGGGAGAGUGGACUGUUAAUCCCGCCGCCUCCUUUCUUGUUGUGUGGACGUUUUCACAGGUCUCACUUAUACCAAAGGGAAAUCAUCGUCAUUAAAGUCCGUAUUUCUUCUA